AUGGCAGUAAGUGCAGUGUGUAAGAAACUGAAAAGAUAACACAGUUUUUGAUCUAGAAAGCUUCAAGAAAUGGCUGUAAGAAAUUUCGUCCAGAAACAUACUGAGCUACUCUCCUUAGAAAGAGAAGCCGAAAUAGCUGAAACAAGUGCAUUGAUUGAAAACACACCUUUGAAGGAGCUGCAGAGGCGAGGGGUUUGUCUUCUGAAGCUACACCUAGUCAACCAAUCCACCGGGCUCUAUGGGAGAACGCUGGUCAAGUUUGCACCUAACAAGGGGCGUGGUGAUGGCAACCUACCCGCUCAUAACCUUAACCCAGGAGACAUCGUUGGAGUUGGCCAAUCUCAUGGGGGCGGAGCCUCCUCAACAGAUGAUCCAUCAGGCAUCGUGUCAAAGGUCACCAAGGCGGCCAUUACUGUUGCCUUUGACCAUAAAGAUACCGAGGAUGGUCCUGUGACCUUUGACCAUGAAGGACUGUACAGAUUGACCAAGUUGGCUAAUGAUGUCACGUAUAGACGCCUGAAAAAGGCUCUACAAAGCCUUGAUUCUUACACCACCGGCCCAGCAAGUCACCUGAUUGAUGUGUUAUUUGGUGAGGCCAAUGUCAGACCUCAGACAAGACCAGAUCAGCCUUCUUCAGAUCAGACGGGUUCAUCCGACUUUCAGUUGUUCAAUGAAAACCUGGACCAAUCGCAGCAAGAUGCGAUGACCUUUGCCCUCUCCCAACGAGAUGUUGCCGUCAUCCACGGUCCUCCUGGAACUGGGAAAACGACAACGGUUGUAGAAAUUAUCAGACAAGCAGUCAAGCAGAAACUGAAGGUUCUGGCGUGUGCACCGUCCAACAUAGCUGUUGAUAACCUCGUUGAGAGGCUGGCUGCAAGUAAAGUCCGCAUCGUGCGUAUCGGCCAUCCAGCCAGACUCCUGCCGAGCAUUCAGAAGUACGCCCUCGACGCCAUCGUUGCGUCCAGUGACGAGGCAAGAAUCGUUCAAGAUGUGCGCAAAGAGAUUGACCAAACAAGGAUUCAGUUAUCCAAGUCCAAACAAGGCAAGGAGAAACGUCAUCUCCGGGACGAGGCUAAGAUCCUCCGCAAGGAGCUGCGAGAGCGGGAACGGCACGCCAUCCGAGAGAUCCUCCAGCGUGCCGACGUCGUCUUAGCCACCAACACCAGCGCCUCGCUGUCUGGACCGCUGAGCUACCUCCCUGAGGACCAUUUUGAUGUGGUUGUGAUCGAUGAAUGUGCUCAAGCUGUAGAGGCUAGUUGCUGGAUCCCACUCAUGUAUGCUCCGCGGUGUAUCCUAGCUGGCGACCAUCAACAGCUACCACCAACUAUUCUCUCAGACAAAGCUGCAUCCGACGGUCUUGCUGUGUCCCUCAUGGAGAGAGCCGUCAACCUCCACUCAGAUCAAAUCACCAAGAUGCUGACGACCCAGUAUCGUAUGAACGCUGCCAUCAUGCAGUGGAGCUCAGACGAGCUCUAUGAUAGUAAGCUGAUCGCUGCGGACUCAGUCUCCAGCCACCUCCUCUCAGACCUCCCUGGGGUGGAGGCGACGGAGGAUACCUCAGUCCCUCUGGUUCUCAUCGAUACGACAGGGUGUGACUUGUACGAGCUUGAGGUAGAGUCAGAGGUGUCUAAAGGGAACGAGGGGGAGGCGGACCUCGUUGUGGUUCAUGUAGAGAGACUUCUAGCCACUGGAUUAGCGGCAUCAGAGAUUGCGGUCAUUGCCCCGUAUAACCUACAGGUGGAGUUGUUGAGACUGCGACUGAGCGGCAGGCAUCGUAGUGUAGAGAUCAAGUCAGUUGAUGGCUUCCAGGGGAGAGAGAAAGAGGCUGUGGUCAUAUCCCUCGUCAGGUCAAAUAGCAGAGGGGAAGUUGGUUUCUUAGCUGAAGAUCGUCGGAUCAACGUUGCGGUGACCCGAGCCCGUCGUCAUGUUGCAGUCAUCUGUGAUUCCGAGACAGUCAGCCAUCAUGGAUUCCUGAAGAAUCUAGUGGAGUACAUGUCGGCCAACGGGGAGGUCAGGAGUGCCUUCCAAUAUCAAGAAGAAAUUGACAUCAGCGAAUAUACAAGACCGGAUCAUCUCAUCUUGAGACAAAGCAAGCAAUCCUCAGGUGCCGAGAAGGGUACCAGACCGAAGCAACCUCGACCCCAGGCAAAGCAUUAUAACAUCCCUGGGAACAAGGAAAGGACGUUUGACGCUGAAGCCUCUGCAAAGAAAGAGAUUGAGUUGACGGAACAAGUGCAGCGCUUCUCCCGAGACCAGACUAAAGAUGAAAUCCAGUUUCCAUCUAGUCUCAACUCCCAUGAUCGACUAGUUGUUCAUCAGCUUUCAGAGAAACUUGGACUGAACCAUUUCAGUGUGGGGGAGGGUAAAGAAAGACACAUCACCAUCAGCAAAAAGCCAAUCGCAGCCGAGGAAUCUAAAGUCGACUCAUCCCAGGAUACAUUGGGGGAGAAGUCUCUCGAAGACGCAAAUGAUGUGGGUUCGACGGGAACAGAUUCAAAUGUUGAUGUCAUCAUUGAAGAGUUGAGAACUAAAAAUCCCAUGGAAGCCAUCGGUGAUUUGGCUCUGGAUGCUCAAGAAGUUUUAACCCACAAUGCUGAGGGAAGUUUUGUAGACUGCGGCCACGAAACACAUUCGAAUCACGUUGCAGAUUUAUCAAAUGUGGAGUGUGUGAACAACCUCAAAGUAUCUACAAAAGCCACAGAACACUCUUCAAAAACCAAGAAACUGUCUACAGAAGCGCAAGAACAAUCUACCAAAUCAAUGAAACUUUCUACAGAAGCCCAAGAACAAUCUUCACAGACAACGAAAGUUCAGACACCGGAGGUGAAAGAGCCCGUUGAGAAGAUAGACCUUUACAAGUGUAAGUUCUGUAAGAAGAAACUCCCAGCCGGAAACGUCUUCCUCCACGAAAUACACUGCGAGAAAGUUACAGAGGAUAAGCAGCGUCUUAAGGAUGCGUCUGCUGGAGCCAAGAAGAAGAUGGAUAAGAGCAAACAGCGCAACCUCCUUGAGAAGACCACGGAGGAGGACUUUGACGCUCUUAUUGCCAUAGCGAUCAAAUCCGAUACAAGAUGCAAUUAUGUAAAAUGCAAAGAGAAGAUCUCUCUGACUGGAAUCCUGUGUCAGUUCUGUAACCGUCGAUACUGCUUCGGCCACAACAUGCCGGAGGUGCACGGAUGCACGGAGAUGGCGAGGGCGCACGCCCGGAAGGUUGUCCAUAGGGAGAAGGUCGUCAGGGCUGGGAGUGGGGUUAAGGAACGCAAGGUGGACCCUAAUGUCCGGGCGCACUUAGAACGACAACUGGACAAGAAACGAAACGAGAUGGCAGAGAAACGGACUAGAAAAUCAUCUAAGAAGAAAUAGUUAAUUAUAAGAAAAACUAUAACUGUAUAAGCUUGUGAGUAAAAAAAUCUUUGAGGGAGAUGAGUUGGUUCUGAUAAGAUCUGGGCCCAAUUUCAAAGAGCCGCUUCACGGUAAGAAAACUUUUGUGCUAACUGUAGCAGAAAAUGUUUCACAUGUAAGCAGGAAGAUUAGGCAGCCAUCUUGCACUGUGGGUUUACUUUGCUACUUCAUUCAUUUUCGUGCCUUUUUGUGUGCUUACGGUGAGCAGCGCUUUGAAAUAGAAAUCAUACAGUAAGCACAAAAUCGACCAUUAAGCAGCGCUAUGAAAUUUGGCCCUGGGCCCAAUUUCAUAGCGCUGCUUAAGCGUAAACCUAUCUUACGAGCGGUUGCUAGUUUAAGCACGUAAACAAACUGCGCGCGCAUGAUUUUAGAUCGUUUGCUUAAAAAAAAGUCAUCACCUUCUCUGUCUGAUAUAUGUAUUAUUUGUAAUGGUUCAAAGUGCCCCUUGGCAGGUUUACACACUAACUUGAGAGUAAACACGAAGAAAAUACAUUGUACAAUAUUUCUUGAACACUUUUGACACUCGUUUACUUCGCUGCACCUACCGUACGAACACGCGUAAAAUACACACAGCUGCGCAACCACACAAACAACGUAUUGCAAUGAUGUUGCACUAUGCGCUGUGCUUAAGGACCCUUCUUGUUUGCUUUGCUUUAAGCAAAAAACAUUGCUUAAAAAGCAAGGCCAUGAAAUGAAAAAUUUGCUAGGUGGGCCUGUUA